AUGACAAACCGACAAGAUGAGUUCCCACCAGCUCCAAAGCUAAAGCAAAAUGAAUUUGCGAAUGAUGAUACAAUAAAUCGCUCCCAGGUGGUUGAUGAAGCAAUAGCGUUUGGCGAUAGGACUCCAUUAGCGCUCGUUAUCCCAAAGUUUGAUUCCGUAAACAUGCUGCCGACUCCCAUGACUUAUACACCCCCGUCAUCACAACAAAGAUCACCACUAGGUCACAGUCUAAAUGUACCAAAAAGAAGGGGUGAGGUGAAUCUUUUGCAGAGAUUUGAAAAUGGCUCUCAGCUGAGGGUUGUCUCUGAACUACCACCAUUUGCGGAUCCUCUGCAGAAGAGGAUUAGUUCGCUUCCGACAGUUAGCGAAACCUCGUCAACAGCAGACGUAGAACGCGCUGCUCCUUCCUUCAAUGACACAGAAAGCGACGAUGAUAUUUUGACAGGAUAUCUGCUUGAUGAUCUAACUACACCGCUUAAAUGGAGAAGAGUUGAAGAAAUUGGUUCAGGUAAUUUCAGCACCGUUUAUCUUUACCACUCUCUGAGACCCGUGGAUUAUAAAUUUAAACAAGUUUGUGUGAAGAGAAUUAAAUUUCCUAAGGAACUGUUGGAUGAAAAUGUGAGAGGGCAGAUACUGUAUACAGAUUUGCUGUCACGAUUGGAAAGCUCUUUGACCAGAGAAUUGGCAAUUUUGAAAUCUUUGAAUCACCCCUGUAUCGUGAAACUAUAUGGUGUUAAUAAUCCUAUUCUUAUCGAAAGUAAGAAACCGUUGAGGAAUUUAAUGUUGAAAAAUAAGCAACUCCCUCGUUGCGAUAUGAUCAUGUCUUACUGCCCGGGUGGAGAUCUGUUAAUGGCAGCCGCUAGCUGCAAUGGAAACCUAGAACUAUGGUUGAUUCAAAGAAUUUUUGCAGAGCUUGUAAUAGCAGUCCAAUAUUUGCACGAGAACUUUGUUAUUCAUAGAGAUUUAAAGUUGGAAAACGUGCUUCUCAAGUACUCACUGAAUGAAAUAUAUAAUAUGAAAGAUUCCAUUGACUUCACCCACAAAAAUAUAAUUGAGUUGGCUGACUUUGGCCUCUGUAAAAAGAUUGAAGCUGGCGAAUUAUGUACCGCAAGAUGUGGCUCUGAAGAUUAUGUGUCACCUGAAAUUUUAAUGGGGGUGCCCUAUGAUGGCCGUUUAAGUGAUACCUGGGCAUUAGGUGUCAUAUUAUAUGGUUUACUCGAAGAUAGAUUACCAUUUGAUGCACCUCCAAACUCCUCUUCAAGACAAAGAAAUAGAGCAACAUCACACAGAAUUGCAAGGUACGAUUGGAAAUGGGUUAGAUUGGCUAGUGAAGAUCUCAAAGCCAAAGAGAUUGUGGAAAAUACUCUCACAAGAAAAAGUCAUAGGUGGGACAUAAAUAAGAUAUUCCUGUCAGCAUUCGUCAAGGAUACGGCUAUUUCGCUGAUUUUUCAACAUAGAAAUGUACAGCAAAAGAAAAAGGAAAUAGAGUAA